AUGGCAGUAGCCGCGCAGAGAAAGAAUAAAAAAGUGACAUUAGUAGGAAAAUGCACCAGGAUAGUAGCAGCAACAGCACAGGUAGUAGCGGCAGCAGCAGCUCUAACCACAAGAGCACCAGGAAAAGCAACAGGCAGCAACAGUAGGAAUAGUAGCAGUAGCAGCAGCAGCAGGAACAGUAGUGGCAGCAGCAGAAUCAGUAACAGCAGUAGCAACAAGAGUACCAGAAGAAGCAACAGCAGCAGCAGUACGAGCCGCAACACCAGCAGGAGUAGUAGCGGCAUCACAAACAGUAGUCGCAGCAGCAGCAACAGUAGCAGCAGUAGGACACCCAGCAGUAGCAGUGGCAGCAGCAGCUGGUGUACCUGGAGUAGCAGCACCCCCAAUAGCAGCAGACGCAGCAGCAACACAAGAAUGAAGAGGACCAGCAGUAGGAGGAGCACUAGCAACAGCAGCAGGGAAUGCAGUAGCAGCAACAGUAGUAGCAAGAGCACCAAGGGGCUUCACACAUCCUUAAGAAGAAGCAGCAGCAAUAGCUCCUGGAUCGUCAGCAAGAGAAUUACACAAAGCAGCAAGAGCUACAGGAAGAGAAGGAGGAAGUGCAGCACAAGUAGUACAGACAGAAGAACCAGGACUGCAGCAGAAGAAGGAGAAUACGGCAUGACUAAUGAAUACACGACAUCCAACAGCAGCAGGAGCAGUGGCAUGCACCAUGAGCACAACUCAAAGUUCUUAGAGAAACAGCACCAGCAGCAGCAGGUGCUGCUACUCAGCAGUAAUUCCCUUCAAAGCAAAUACUGUCGACAACGUUUUAUGCGCGAGUGA